CAAUGUUAUCUCCGAUGUUUGGUCUGGCCAUGGAAACAGACGGGAGGCACAAUAUAAAAAGGGCUCAGAAAUCGAAAGAGCGGCACAACGGAUUGUUUUCAUAACGAUAAGAACUGCUAUCUUUUCUGAUCAUAAUGCGGCUUAUUUCAAGGAAUUUGGUCACCUUUCUCGCAUUUCUUGCGUUGAUUUAUACUGCAGUUGCUGCCCCUUCAUUUACGACUCCAACAGGCGGGGACGGAUCAGCAAAUGUGGAUGAAAACAGUGCAGCAGGAGCAGCAGUGGUAACAGUGGUCGCUACUCCUUCUUCAACAAAAACUCUUGGAGCUUACACCCUGGUGACUACAGGCUCUCCAUUUACAUUGGCCACUAGUGGCGAGCUGACGGUUACAGCUGCAAAUACCCUUGACUACGAAACAACUCCAACCUACACACUAUUGAUUAAGGUUACAGAUGAUACCCCUUCUUCAACAACAGCGACACUUACUGUAGCUAUUAAUGACGUCAACGAUGCUCCAGUGUUUAGUCCUGCGACGUACACAGAAUGCGCGACUGACGGUGCUAUAGCAGGUACAACAGUGACAACAGUAACCGGAACUGAUCAGGACAGCGCAAACACACUUACUUACUCUAUUACCGGCGGGAACACAAACACUGACUUCGCUAAUUCUGGAGCUGUGAUUACUGUGGCAAAGACACUUGCCAUGGCAACAACAUCAACCUACAAUCUGCAAGUCGAAGUUAGUGAUGGCACCGUCGCUGCAACUUCAACCGUCACUAUAACAGUUGCUUCGACCUGUGACAGCGCAACAGCUCUCGUUGUUAGCUUCCUGACCAUCCUGACAGCUCUUGUUGUCUCUCUGAAUUAAUGUUUUGUUUAAAUAGUUGAAAUCCAGCAAAAGCCAUUUUAAAAUCAAUAACCAAGAUACUACAGGUCCGUCGCGCGUUUAGAAAAACAUUUAUCUCAUCAUCUUGAAACAUAAUAAAAUUAUAGGACAGAGUAACGCGACUAAGAUUAUGUAACUAGUUUGACGUAAUUCAUAUCACAUGUAAAAUUUACGGACUGCACUUUAAUAAAAUGUCAAACAUUGCUAAUGCCGACGAUCUAAUUUGAUUAAUCGAACAUGUUUAAAUCAUUAAGAGAAUUUCUGCAAUUUCCGUACCAGUUAACAAUUAAUUCAUGUAAAACAUAAUCACAUGUAUAUGUAUCUUGUUUGUAUCAGUACUGUAGGUGAGAUGGCCUUUAAAUCCAGGAAAUAUUACCCUCAUUGCAGUACAUGGCAAAACGUGCCGUGACUACUACAAAAGUACAACGCUCAAAAGGUGUGCGUAAAUAAAGAACACAUGUUCUACGAAACAAUUGCUGUGUAAUAUGUAUACAAAGUUGUAUCCGAAAAUGGUUUUGAAAGAAUAUGAAAUGUCAUAUGAACAUAGAAAUAUACACGUAAAUGAUUUAUAGAAAUUAAAAAACGCCUCAUAAGGGAAUUAUUGGUUUACAAAAAUUGUGAUAUUCAUUUAUAAUUUAUUAAGUCUCUUCUAAUACGUUGGUUUCGUUUAACUACUUGACGCGUGAGCGUUUUCGUAUAUGUGCAUAGCGCUAGUACCGUAUUUCAUGCCAUAAAAUAUUUACAGCGUACAAUUGAAAUUGAUACAACAUUUUCUGUAAAAGUGUCCGACUUUUGUGAAAUUUAGUGUCUAUAUCGACUUAUUUUCUUUUCAAUCGUAGGUGUAUCUCAAUAUUUGUUGUUGGAGCGUUAUAACAAAAGCAGAUCAAACACCGUCUAGCUGUAUAUAUUUAAACGGUGCCACGACUAUAAUGGCUAUCCGAUAAUAUAUACCAAUAAUAGAGAAUCUGUAUAUUAUAAAAUUCAUGAACGCAGAUCACCUUUCAUGUAGCAGAGAACAACACAUAAUUAAUCAAAGUCCCAAUGUCCUGUUGAGAAGGUCUACUCCCUAAAGUACUGCGUGUUUCUUUGUUUUUCAUGUUUUUCAUUUAAGAAAUGAUUUCAGUAAUGAGAUACCAAUGUGUCGAUGUCUGAGUCAUUUCUCAGUUAUAGUGUGCUUCUUUAGUUUAUUUAUAUUGAGUGCCUUGUAUAUGUAAAUUUCUCUGUGUGUAUUAUUAUCGAACUAAAUUUAACAACAUGGAAAAUGACUGUGUACCUUAAACAUCAACCCUGCAACUCAAAUUUAAAAAGAAAAAUUGUAAUUGAGCAGUCAGUCGGUUUUAUUUCAUCGGUCUUUUGUCAGUUGCAGCUUAAGUUGCUCAAAUAUUGAUAUCAAAUCCUACAAUUAAUCAAAUUAUACUGACAAUGCUUUACUUUGUAUAAGCAUCUGUGUGAAAAAAUAAAACAAUAUACAAUAG